GCUUCUGCUGCCUCUUGUAGGAUGGAUGCAUCCUGCCUGGAGCUGGCCCUGGAGGGGGAGCGGCUCUGUAAAGUGGGCGACUACCACACUGGGGUGUCCUUCUUCGAGACAGCCAUCCAGGUUGGCACAGAGGACCUGCAGGUGCUGAGUGCCAUUUACAGCCAGCUGGGCAAUGCAUACUUCCAUCUGCACGACUACGCCAAGGCAUUGGAGUUCCAUCACCACGACCUCACCUUGACCAGGACCGUCGGGGACCAGAUGGGAGAGGCUAAAUCCAGUGGUAACCUAGGCAACACAUUGAAGGUGUUGGGUAGGUUUGAUGAGGCUGUGGUCUGCUGUCAGAGGCACUUAGAUAUUGCCAUGGACAUGAACGACAAGGUGGGACAGGCGAGGGCGCUGUAUAACUUUGGGAACGUGUAUCAUGCAAAAGGAAAGAGCAUCUGCUGGAGCGGGGCGGAGCCAGGAGAGUUCCCCGAGGAGGUCACUACUGCACUUAGAAAAGCAGCGGAAUAUUACGAAGCAAACUUAUUCAUAGUGAAGGAGCUUGCAGACCCGGCCGCCCAGGGCCGAACAUAUGGUAACCUUGGCAACACACACUACCUGUUAGGAAACUUCCAGAAUGCAGUGGCAUCACAUGAACAGCGCCUCCAGAUUGCCAAGGAGUUUGGCGACCGCUCAGCAGAGAGAAGGGCCUACUGCAACCUGGGGAAUGCGUAUAUAUUCCUGGGUGAAUUUGAAGUGGCAGCUGAGCAUUACAAGAGGACUCUGCAGCUGGCCAGACAGCUGAAGGACCGGGCUGUAGAGGCUCAGGCCUGUUACAGUCUGGGCAACACCUACACACUCCUCCAGGACUAUGAGAGGGCCAUAGACUACCACCUCAAACACCUGAUCAUAGCACAGGACCUCAAUGACCGGAUUGGUGAGGGCCGGGCGUGCUGGAGUUUAGGGAACGCUCACACCGCCCUGGGGAACCAUGACCAGGCCAUGCACUUUGCUGAGAAACACCUGGAGAUCUCCAAAGAGACUGGUGACCGGAGCGGGGAACUGACGGCCCGUAUGAACGUGUCAGACCUGCAGAUGGUGCUGGGGCUGAGCUACAGCACCAACAACUCCACCCUGUCUGAGAACCCCAUCAAGGACAUGGACCACAACCUGCAUGGAGCCGGGCCCCGGAUGGGACGGAGAAACAGCAUGGAAAACCUGGAGCUCAUGAAACUCACCCCCGACAAGAUCAAUGCUCAGAAGUGGACCAGUGACAUCCUGACCAAGCAGUCUAAACCCACCCUGGCUAAGAGCUCCUCCAAGCUGUUCUUCAUCAGCCGUCUGCGGGGGAAGAAGACCAGGGCUGGGAGCUCCAGUAAAGUCCUGCAGGACACCAGUAACACCCCCCAGAACCCUGCACAGGGACCACAGAAGAGGGUCAGUCCAGACAUGCUCGGGGACGAGGGCUUCUUUGACCUGCUGAGUCGUUUCCAGAGUAACCGGAUGGACGACCAGCGCUGUUCCAUACAAGAGAAGAGCCGUCUGUCAGUCAGUACCAGCUCCUCUGACUCUCCACCCAGAGCCAUGAGGAAAUCAGUGUAUGAGAAGGCAGCAGUAGCAGGCCUGGGCUCUGGGUCUGGUGCCCAGGGUCGCCGGUUAGAGGAAGGUGGAGGUGCUGGGGGUAGUUUGCCCGGCCUUCGGCUCAACAGGCACAGCAGCCAGGCUGUCCUCAGCCACCUGAUGGCUAACGCAGGCAACACGGAGCCUGACGACGACUUCUUCGACAUGCUCGUCAAAUGCCAGGGUUCUCGUCUGGAUGACCAGCGCUGCGCCCCUCCCCCGGCCCGUGGCCCCACCGUCCCAGACGAGGACUUCUUCAGCCUCAUCACGAGGUCCCAGGCCAAACGCAUGGACGAGCAGCGUGUCACCCUGCCCUCCGCAGCAGGCUCCGCAGCGAGGCCCUGCUCCAACUGAGCCUCGCCCAUGGAGAGUAUCCCGACGGGUGAAAACCCAGGAGACGGGGCUUCUGGAGGAAAACAGUGUGGAAUCUUCGUCCACUUGUGGAGAUGAGGACGUUGAUACUGUACUCAACAGUGGAUGGGGCUAUUUUACAUAGACCAGAACUUUUCAAUGGUGUUUUCUCUCCAUAACAUAGACCAAUAAUGGUUGUUGUUAGGAUUCAGAAGCCUCAUUUCCCAGUUGAAAGCACUGCCAGCAUUAAUGUAGUAGCCUAUAGGGAACAAUGCAACAUUCAAAAACUAUAGAUGAUGAAAUCAACUGUUCUCAAUUUUACCUUGUACUCUAUCUGGAAAUGUACUGGACCUGUAAAACUACAGACGAACAUGAGCUAACAUAUCAAACGAGUAGGUCCAGGGAAUUAUUUUGUAUGAUUAUGUACUCACUACAACCUGAAAAUGUAUCUUUAGAUACAAAACUGCAGUCAUGUAUUUAUUGUACUUUUUUUUUUUUUUGUAAAGAUUUUGUUUUAUUAAGCGCUUACGUACUGCCGUUUUACUUCCCCUUGUGGCUUGAAGUGGUUGGUUUGAUUUUUGCACCAUAUUUUUCUGAUGUAGACUAGACUCAAAGACAGGUACAGCACUAUCUUUCCAUGUUUUUGAAUUGUCUAUGUUAGGAGUUGUGGUUAUGGAGGGUGGGGAUACCUCACCUUUAGGUAAGGAAUUAAAAAAUAUGUUUUUUUUAAGCCUUUCAGCCUUAACCAUCUUUGAUAAUAAUGAAUUCACCCAUGGGUGUGUUUUGUCCCUGAUGCUCUUUUGUACUUUAUAUAUAUAUAUUUUAAUGAUCAAAAGAAUGAACACUUGUUUAUUUAGUAUAGAAAUCAUGUCUUUGUUUUAUUUUAAAAUGUGUUAUCAAAGA